CUUGACUAUGAAAAAGCACUUAUACUAUUGUACAUGUACAUUUGUGUAUGUCGUACUUGCUUAGGGCAUUUUACGAUCUUAUAUGAUCAUAAGGUAGAACUAUUCAUUGAUAAUUGUUUUUCGACUAUAGCUGGACGUAAAAUAUGCGACCACAAACACAUGUUUUGUUUUUUCUCCUUAACAUUUGUGGAAGAUUGUCAUUGGAUUUCAAGGUAGUAGACCUUACUCACGAUCACAGCAAUACGACAAUAUACUGGCCCGGAAAUCCAGAAUAUAACUUUACAAUCCUAGCUCGUGGGAAUACGAACGGCGAAUAUUGGUAUGAAAGUAACUACAUUGGAACAGCAGAACAUGGUGGAACACAUCUAGAUUCACCUGCACAUUUUUACAAAGAUAGACUACGGACACACAGCAUUCCGAUAGAAAAAUUGGUCGGUCCUGGAGUAAUAAUUAACAUUAAAAAUAAAGCUGCGGCAAAUGCCGAUUAUCUGGUAUCGAUUGAAGAUUUGAAACAAUGGGAAAGCAUUUACAACCAGAUUCCGGAAAACGCCAUUGUAAUUAUGAAUUCAGGCUGGAACGACCGCUACCCGAACGCAUCCCUUGUGUUCAAUACAGACAGUCCCACAGAUCCAAGGACAUUUCACUUCCCCGCCUGGCAUGAAACAGCAAUCGAAUGGCUUAUCAAUGAACGUUCUGUAAACAUCGUUGGUGUAGACACACCUUCAAAUGACUUUGGACAAUCUAAAACAUUCCCGGUUCAUAUUCUCUUAGGUCAAGCCAAUAUUCCGGGUGCAGAAAAUGUCGCAAAUCUUGACGCUAUACCAGAAGCAGGGAGUAUUAUUUUUGUUGCCGUGACCAAGAUAUACGACGGAAGCGGAGGCCCUGCAAGAGUAUUUGCAACUAUUCCCGUCAAUGACACAAGUUUUGGAUGUUCACACAGACUUAGUUUUGUAUUGUUGAUUUGCGUCUUUUGCCUUAAUGUUGUUUAUUCAUAUCUUUUGAACGACUCGAGUGAUAUGUAAUUCAAAGCAUGUUGUAAUACUCAAAUUUCUUUCGACUUUCUUUUCGGCCCAAAAAAUGAAUUGUAAUACAUAAUAAUCAUGGGAGGCUUACUAGAAAUUGUUACAAAUGAAUUGAAGACUAAUUGCAUCAGAUGACACUUACAACAAAAAAGUGUUUGACAAAAUCUUAAAGUUAUUCUAAAACGGUGUGUUUGACUUCCAUUUUAAUAAUACAUUUUUCAAAAUAAGUUUACUAGUAUGCUUAAAUUUUACUUUCAUGUUGUGUCAAAGAAAAACAAAUGUAUAAGAACGAAGUAAUUUCUGUACCAGGUUAUGGUUUUCUAAAUGAUGAAUAAUUCAGGCGCGGAUCCAGAGGGGGGUUCCGGGGGUUGGAACCCCCCUUAUUUUGGACGAUCAAUGCAUUUGAAUGGGGAAAUGUAGUUGGAACAUCCCCCCCCCUUGUCCUGGGUAAGGACCCCCCUUUUUUUUAAAUGGCUGGAUCCGCCCCUGUAAUUUUAUGUCAACAUGCAACUUUAAAAUACAAAAAUAAUUUAAUCUGAAGCGAGAUUGGUAUAUCCUUUUGAUUUGUGCAUCUAAAAGUAAAGAAGUGUACUCGAACAUGCUUGAAUGUAACAAAAGGUUCUCUUCGGAAUAAGGUUGUAACCGAUUUCCCAAAUUUAAAAAAAAUGUUUUGAUGAAGUCAGGGUUGUAAAUUAAUGCCUUUAAUAUAUCAAUCUAAAGAUACGUGGAAUUCUGUCAACGGUAAUAAAUAAUAUAUGCAUCCCGAAGAAUAACAGAGUUCACACGCUAAAAUGUUUCGCCUUCUUUACUGAUCAUUGAUAUUGUGUUGAUAGUCCUUAAUAUAAAGCUUUACUACGAUUAUCACAAAAACUUAACAUGAUUCAAGAAAAUGAGGUGAAGGUUAUAUAAACCAAACAAGAAAUACAUAUGUACAAAGAUACCUUACAAUCAUUCAAUACACUGAAUAAAGUUGACCUACUGCUUAUAGUGUCAGAUGAACCAUGCCAGGCAGACAUGUACAACUUACAAUUCUUCCAUACAACAAGUAUAGUCGACCUAUUGCUUAUAGUUUAAGAAAAACAGACCAAAACAUAAAAACUUAACACUGAGCAAUAAACCAUGAACAUGAGGUCAAGGUCAAAUUAAACCUGCCACAUUGACAUGCACUACAUAAAAUAUUUCUAUACACCGAAUAUAGUUGACUCAUUGCAUAUAGUGUUAGAAAAAUCUCAAAAACUAAACUUUGACCACUGAACCAUGAAAUUGAGGUCAAGGUCAAAUGACACCUGCCAGCUAGACAUGUACAUCUUAUAAUCAUUCCAUACACCAAAUAUAGAUAGCCUAUUGCAUACAGUAUAAGAAAAACUGACCAAUCUCAAAAACUAAACUUUGACCAUUGAACCUUGAAAAUGAGGUCAAGGUCAGAUGGCACCUGCCAGCUAGACAUGUACACCUUACAAUCAUACUAGAUACUAGACCUAUUGUAUAUAGUAUCUGAGAUAUAGACUUGACCAACAAAACUUAGCCUUGUUCACCUAUCCAUGAAAUGAGGUCGAGGUCAAGUGGAAACUGUCUGAUGGAUAUGAGGACAUUGCAAGGUACACGCAUACCAAAUAUGUCUUUUUUGAAUUGAAUAUUUCGUUUCACACAAUUUAUGACACAAGAGCCUCAGGCGUUUGUGGGAAAAGCGAGACGUAGCGAUCCUCCAUUCCGUGGACAAAAAACGACAUGCAUCACAGUAAAUCUCGCAAAAUCUCACCGGUGUCUUCCUCGAAUGCCAACAUUUUAUAUGAUACCUAUUCCUCGAAUGCCAACAAAAAUAUUUUAAUAGAUGUUUAUAUAAUAACAAUAGGUGUUUUUAGAACUAUCUAAAUGUUUUUAAAAGUAUAAAAUAAUUAGUGAACUUGAUAAAAUUGCAACAUUUUAUUACUUUUUGAUAAGAAAAAUGGUAGAUUUUAAGGUUAAAAUUAUUACAUGUAGUAGAAUUUUGAAUAAAUAAAUAAAAUUAAAA